UUGGCGGCUAAACCCCCCAAACUUUUGGGUUUGUGACAGUUAACCACCAAAACUCAAAUUUUGGCGGCUAAACUACCUGAACUCCACUUCCGUUUUGGUCCGCACUAUUCCGUCACUUUGGCUCCGUUUAAAGGUAAAAAUGGCUUACGUGGCACGAUCCUUGUCAGCAACUCAUGCCACAUUGGCAUUAAAUCAUGCCACCUUCCUAAAAUAAAGCAAUAUGACAUAAGAAAUUUAAAACUUAAUUAAAAAAUUAAAUUAAAAGAAUAAAUUUAAUUAAAACAGAACUAUACCCAGAAAAAAAAAAAACAAAAUUAAAAACCCAGAACAAAAUUUAAAUAAAAGAAAACUAAAAAAUAAAAGGGAAAUAAAAUCAAAACAAAAUUAAAAGUGGACAGAACCACACUUACACUUAACCCCUUGUCCAUUCGAACCCCUAACACAAAAAACCUCACCAUCUCUUCCACCAUUGUCGUCUGCAACAGUGGAAACCCACACCCAGCCCCGAAGUAAGAAAACCCAGCCCCGAAGUAAGAAAACCCACCCCAUUCAGGCGACGGUGUAAGGAGGCGAAACAGCAACAAUGACAUACCGUAGGCGCGGUUCGCACGAUCCCCCACCUGUGAAUGAAGAGGGUGAAUUCACAGUGAAGCUUAUACAUGGGGGUUUAUGGUUUUCCCCAUUUGGAAAUAGAAGAUAUGAGGGAGGGUGUUGGGAGUACUUUGAUCACUGUAAAAUUGAAGGUUUUACUAGACAUGAUUUGGAGGACAUGGCAAGAAGCCUUGAAUAUAGGUUUCCUUUUGGUUUCCUGUACAAGCCCCAUGGGAAGCAUUUAAACAUGGGUUUCAUGGUUGUAAACAAUGCUUCAAUUCAGCUCAUGUUGGAGGAUUUGACAGGUACAAUUUUAAACUUUUUUGUUUGUACAUAUGUUAGUUGUUUGAUGUCAUAGGUUUUAUUGUUGUCAAAGUUGAUGAGUUAUGGUUGUUGUUGUUCUUUUUGGCAGCUAGAAAUAAUGCAGAGGCUAAUGUGUAUCUGGUGCUACCAGAUCCACAGUUAGCAGUGGAAUGGGAGGAGGAUGCUGAAGCUAUUAAGAUGCAGGAACCACAACAGUCUUCAAAAGUGGAGAAAUGUAAAAUUGAGGAGCUGCCUGAAGGGUGUACUGUUGUUGCUGAUGUUGUUGUGAAUCCCCCAGGGCAUGUCAAUGUAGAUGACAAAUUUUACAAUUUCUUUGUCCACUGGGGUGAGUUUUUGGCAGCAGUUGCAACAGAGGAGGUGAUUUCAGAAGAAUUGCAAGAAGCAAUUGAGAUUAGUUCGUCAUCUGAUGAUUCAAAUGAGGUGGCCUCAAAUGAAGUGGACUCAAUUGAGGUGGACUCAAAUGAGGUUGAAGAGGACUUUGAUUAUUUCAAUCCUCCAGAGAUGGAGGAUUAUAUGGCCUGGGUAGAGGACUUGUCAGAAGGUGAAGGCAGUGAUAGCCAUCAAGCAUCUGAUCUCACCAAGGAACAGGUAACUUUGAUUGAGUUACAAUUUUCACUUAGUAUUUCUGAGUUUUGAAUUAGAUAUGUAAUGUGUUAGUGAUAUUGAUUGUUGUGAACAUGACAGGAACCUCCAAAGGAAUCUGAUGCUCAUGCAGAGCCAGAUGCUCCUAAUUCCCCUGAGGUUGUGCUCACUGGAUUCAAUGAAGUUGCAGAGCCAGAUGCACCUAAUUCCCCUGAGGUUGUGGUCACUGGAGUUAAUGAAGUUGCAGAAGAAACUCCAAGGUCUAAGAGAUUGAGACU